CUGCACUAAGAAAUUGUCGACGGGGCCACCGAUGGCACUUCACCGCUUAACCGUCUCAUUUUUCCGGUUAUAAGGACCGAGGACUCCGUUUAUAUCUGGGAUUACUUACACGGAUAUUUUGGUGUAGUUUCAUUAUUUUGUGUAGAAGUCACGUGCAGUAUGCUGCUCUCCAAACUGGGCUCACUCUCCCAAAUCUCGAGCAGCAUGGAUCUGCCGGCGAAGCUGCAGCAAGCCAAAGCGGAGAAGCAGCCGUUUGAGAAGCUCUACCGGCUGGGUUCGGUGCUCGGCAGCGGAGGAUUCGGCACGGUCUACUCGGCUGUCCGCCUCGCCGACGGGCUGCCGGUGGCGGUGAAGCAUGUAUGCAGGGACAGAGUGACUGAGUGGGGCUCGCUGUGUGGCGCGGUGGUUCCUCUGGAGAUUGUGCUGUUGAAGAAGGUGAGCGGGGCGUUUGGUGGCGUUGUGCGGUUAUUGGACUGGUGGGAGCGGGUGGACGGCUGGCUGAUGGUGAUGGAGUGCCCCGAGCCGGGGCAGGACCUGUUUGAUUACAUCACGGAGCAUGGCGCCCUGGAUGAAGAGGCGGCGCGCGGCUUUUUCCUGCAGGUGCUGGAGGCGGUCCGUCAUUGCUACACCUGUGGCGUCGUCCACAGAGACAUUAAGGAUGAGAACCUGCUGGUGGACCUGAGGACCGGGCAGAUCAAACUUAUCGACUUUGGCUCGGGGGCACUCCUCAAAGACACUGCCUACACAGAGUUUGAUGGUACGCGGGUGUACAGUCCUCCAGAGUGGAUCCGGUUUCGCCGGUACCACGGUCGCUCGGCCACCGUCUGGUCUCUCGGUGUGCUGCUGUACGACAUGGUGUGUGGGGACAUCCCCUUCGAACAGGACGAGGAGAUACUGAGAGGACAGGUCUACUUCAGACGUAAACUCUCCUCAGAGUGCCAGCAGCUGAUUGGCUGGUGUCUGAGCCAGCAGCCGUCUGAUCGGCCGACGCUGGAGCAGAUCCUCCUCCACCCCUGGGUGACGGGUAGCGAUGGGCAGCAGACCGACAAUGAAGGCAUCACGCUCCACGCCAUCACAGCUGACUCCUCCUCCUCGACUUCCUCCAGCCAGCAGAGCAUCUGAUUGGUUAACGAGAGGUUGCCAGGGAAGUGGCAUGGACUUGAUACAGCUGGACAGCUGGCUACCGGUAGCAAUUCCCUCGUGUUUGUGGUGUAUGCCGCUUUGAGGAAAUGCUUUCAGGGAACAGGAGAGAGUUGGGGGUCACAGUUCAGGGUGAAGUUGACUCUGUGCUGCUUCACAGCGCCCCCUCCUGUUCACAGACUGUGGAGCAGCUCUUAUAGAGCAUCAGCACCUGACUGAUGAUCCUGUUUCAGUGCCUUGAAUUUGAAAGCUGCUGUGAGCGAAGCGUCCCCAACUGCAGAUCAGGAGUUAGUCUGGAGGUGUGGAGGGUUCUUCAGAGGUUCUUUCAGUUUACAUUAUAAAGUUCUAACUUCUAACCCAAAAUAAAUGUGGUUAAGUAACCAGCAAAGACAGGAAAUAUUCCAGUAUACUGUAUAACCCCCAUAAAACAGUGAACUGUCAUUUUUAUGCUUCGGGUUUUGUACAACAGACGAGACACAACCUAAUAUUUAGUUUGAUAUGUGCAGUCAGCUUUGGAUAGAGCUGUUUAACCCUGCUUACAGUCUUUGUGCUAAAAAAACUUGCUGCUGUAGCUUCAUAUGUAGAGAGCGGUAUAGAUCUUCUGAUCUGACACUCGGCAAGAAAGUGAAUAAGUGGAUUGUCGAACGUCCUACGGCCUAGACACACACAAGGACAUUGAGGAGGUAGUGGUGACGAAAGGCUACUGUUGCAUCACCUCACGUCAGCUGUUUCUCGGCCAAAAAGUUGCACAAGAACAAACCGCAAAAACCUCUGCUGACUGCCAGCACGUACGAUCUGCACCUGUGUGAGAGGGAAUAACUCCAUAACAGCAGACAGCGGACGUCUAUCCAUUUGUUUACAUUCCUCACCUCUGUUUUCUCUGUGUGCGCUGAGCUGAACUGCCAAUCAGAGUGAUAUCAUUCACCGACGGGUUUCACUGCUACCGAUUCGAAUUGCUGAAACGGUCGAAAAAAAAAACGACGAGUGCCAGGAAUGCGAAACACACUGCAAAGACCACGGUGACAGACGGACCACCAGAGGCUGACGGCUGACCAUGUGCUUGGUGUGUCAGGGCCUUUAAAGGUCAAAGUCAUUUAUUGCUAAACGAACAACAACUGCAAGAAAAAUGUGGGUUAAAAUUCAUAUAAAUGUGUCCCCAUAAAUUUAACCCCAUGUACCCACAAAGGAAAUUUUGAAUUUCAUUUGGUGGAAAUGUUCUCUGGGGCUGCCUGAUCACAAAUUGAAGGACAUUUUUAAAAUCAGACAAACCACUGAAUAAGUUUUCCUUUUCGUAGUAUAUGUAGUGUUUAGGCACCUGCAGCCACUGUUUUUGAUAUAUUUCAUAAGAUUUUAGGAAAAAUCAGCAGUCCUAUCAUAAGCCCAAAGACUAAAUGUAAAAUGAUAAGAAAAUCGCUGUAUGUCAGAAAGUACAAUGAAGCUGUUGUGUGAAACGUUACUCCUGCCACACCUCUUUUGAUUUCAUGCCGCCAUGUCUAAAAUCCCACCCUGGAGCGGCAUAAUGCUGCUGCUGUUUUUUUUCUGUGUAAACAUUCAAAGGAAGCAUAAAUGAGGGACUUCAUAGUGGCUCUAUAAUGCCACCUCUGUGUAAAAAGGGCUUUUGACAAUCGAUAAGUGUGAUAAGUGUGCAUGUCCAAAAAUGUAUUUCAAGGCUUGUUUCCCUCCUUGUCAUACUAAAUACAGUCUUUUGGUCACAACAAUGUUUUCCUGUCCUCUGAGGAAACACCCUCCACCACACCCACCCUGAGAUGUCAGCAAUGACACAGGCGAAAGACCCUCACCUGCUGACGUUUAACAUACAUUCAACACACACACACAAGACCCAAGACUCUAAAUUCUGAUACCAAAACAUGACUUUUUGAUACAGUAUAAAUGUUUUCUUCACGUAAUGUUUACAUCAUGUACUUCAGUGUUUACUUUAGUCUGAACACAUGCAGGUGAGGACUUUUCCUGAUAGAAAUACAGGCUAAAAUGAGUAAAAUUAUGAUUUAAGUGAGAAAUAUGUGACAGUUCUCUCUGCUCACCGGUGCUACAGUGGUCCUGCCCUCUUUAGGUUGUCUCCUAGCUCAAAAAAGUUUAUCUUUCCUUGUUUUGUUGAUUGUCUUCUUUGUUGGUGCAGGACUGGUUAUCGUUUGUCUUUUCUGUCCCUUGGUGUUGGGAUGUAAAAAGCACUGUCAAUGCAAAUAUUCCUUUUUAUCAUUUUGCGUUAACCAUAUGUAUUUGU